GCGUAACUUCAACCGACUCCCCCUUCUGCGUCAGCGAAGCUCUUAGAUAAGGUGAUUUAUAAUGGCAGAUCUCGGAAGCCAAAUUGCAGAUAGCUUUAAGAAGAACCAAGAAGGGAUUAAGAACAAGCUGUAUAUAUAUAUAUCCCGAAGGAAAUCGCGGACCAAGUUUUUUUUAUGUGCCACAGAAAUCACACAGUUGUGGAAAAGAAGUGACAUUAUUUUUAAAUAAUUGAAAACAAACAAAAUAAUUCAAAGAAAAAAAACAACGCAAAAAAAAAAAAACACACACCCAACAGGAAGACGUGAGAAGAAAAUGUCGGAUGUUGAAUUCAAGGAAGAAAACGAAGAACAACAACAAAAACAAAACCAACAAUAAAUAAAAAAGAUCGACGCCGAACGGCACCGACUGCAACUCAAAGAACAGCAACAAUAUUCGGCAGCAGACCGACGCCAUGCGAUCCAUAGUUUGAUAUAGUUUGGCAGUGGUUUCGAUGUCCAGUUAUCGCCGUCAGCCUCAGACCCCUGACCUCUUCAAUAAUAAUUCUGUCGUUAAUUCUGAACACCACCACCACCACCACCACCACCACCAUCAGCAGCAGCAGCGGUAAACAACAACAACAACAACAACAACCACAGCAGUACUAAUCAUAAUAAUAAACAUAAAAGCAGCAGCGACAGAGAGUUGCGAUUGCUAGUGGUACUCUUCCUGCUACUCUUUCGUUUCUUCCUCCUCCUCCUCCUCCUCCUCCUCCUCGUCGUCGUCAUCAUCAUUCUCAUCGUCAUCAUCAUCACUAACAGUAAUACCACCACCACCAUCAUUGAUUAUAUUCUUACUACUACAUAGCUGUGGACAACACCACUACAACCACAGGACGACCACCAAUAACCACUUCCCCCUCCACUCCAUCCACUUUUUGAUAUUAAACACUGAGGCAUCACCAAAUAAAUAAAAAAGAAAAACAGGAAAAAAUUCGCUCCCCACCCAAAAUCAAUCAAUCAACCGAGCUAUAAACAAGGCGACAAACACCUCCCCCCCCCACACACACAUUACCUAAACGGAUAUUAAUAAUCUAAACACAUUCCUCUACAUCCAAACACCACCACCUCCACCCGUUUGCCCGUCCCCCACCACAUCCGGCAAGCUGGCGCUUCUCCUGAUGGAAAAUCUAGACUUUGGACAUUCGCAACAUUUCUUAACCGAUUUCUCCAUUUCGGCAUAUUCGCCAGUCGAUGACAUGACCUACGUGACGUCAUCUUCGUCAUCGCCGUCGCCGAGCAGCGGCGACACAGAUUCGACGAGUCUGGUGAAGCAGCGACGCCGGAAGAGGCGGUGUCCGCAGCAACAGAUUCAGCAACGACAAGCGGCUAACCUUCGCGAGCGGAAGAGGAUGCAGAGCAUCAACGAAGCGUUUGAGGGUCUCCGGGCGCACAUCCCGACCUUACCGUACGAGAAGCGCCUGUCCAAGGUCGACACCCUGCGUCUGGCUAUUGGCUACAUCAGCUUCCUCACGGAACUCGUCGAGUCGGAUGUCCAGACCAAAGAGAACAUCAACCGCUCGGUAGGGGAGCAACCCAAAAAGGUGAUCAUUCACUGUCAUCGAGGUUUGACUGAUGAAAGUGAUCGGUACGGUUUGCCUCCCCUGGAAGGUCACUCUUUGUCGUGGAAAGACGAAAAAAAAGCACAUCUUGGGCCAAACAACACAAUGAUAGCUAAAAUCUGGAUUCCCGAAGACCCCAGAGAAAGCAAACUUGGAUCCGACUGUCCUAGUUUGCUGGAUUCGACGUUAGAUUUAUGAGUUUCUAUCUCAAGCAGAAACAGAAGAAUUAUGAAGACGAAAUGAAAUAUUUUACAAAAUCACUCGGUGACAUUUUUUCAAACGUGACAAACAACCGUCGGUUGGUUACAAUAACAAAAAAUAACACAAAAGAAACCACAACAAGUGGGGAGUGGAGAUCUUAUAAAACUUAUUUGUGUUGUUGUUGUCUAUCAUUAUAGUUGUAUUACUUGGAAUGAAUAGGGCAGCGGGGCCCUGUGUAGGAUUCGAAACCGUUCCAGAAAACAACACAACAACGUGAGAAACAUUUUGAGAGAAGACUUUUUAAAAUAUUGCUUUUACAGAAAAGCGAAUCCAUAACAAAGAGGAUUGCAAGGAAGAAGAAAAGAAAAAAAGCAAUCAAAGAAAAGA